AUGUCCGCCGACUCUAAGCUCGCCAAGUUUGUCGAGCUCUUCGAUGAGACGGGCUUGCCGUACUUCGCCGCCAACGUCCUCUCCAUCAAGGAAAAGCACCGCCCCACCACUGUGUUCGAGAAAACAGACAACAUGUGCUCCUUUCUCUCUGAGACUCUUGUCAUCCGCCCCCGCGCCACGGGCACUUUUUCGGGCGACCUUACCUCGAGAGAUGACUUGAUUCUCGCCGCCCUCUCCUUGUUUCUCGUCUUGCUCAUCGAAAGCAUACUCACCACCAUCUUGCUCAGGACUUCCAGUGGCACGGUUAACAACACCCGAUUUUCCAUCAAACAGUUUGUUCAGCUGUGCCGGGAGUUUCGCUUUCACUAUGCCUUCAGAGGGCACCGCCGGGAGAAAGGGAAGCGGAAAAGCGGAAUCAAUUUUCCACUGCUGAUUGCUUCUGUUUUCAUUCUCUUCUUCUCAGCCGGUCUCCAAAUCUUCGUCCUAUAUCUUACAACUCCUAUGCUGGUCGACGUCACCAAUGAGACUGUAUCCUUGUCCCAUUCGCAAAAUGAAAAUCCCAGCUGGGAUGAAAUCAUGCAGAGGGGACCUAUGGGCACGAAGAGACCAUGCACAGCCCUCACUUUGGUUUCCUUGUAUAGCCAAGAAUUAGAACAAGGCUCAACCCAAAUCAGCCCAUGUCUUGUAUCUAGCUUACCGCAAGAGACGGGUUCCGAAGCUCGUUUCGAAACGGUCACCGACCCCGUCAAUCUCACCUUCGCAUCUCAAGUUCAUGACUAUGGUACUGAGCAUUCCCUGACCAUUGGUGACCGGAGCGUCACAUUCUUUUCCCGCGUACAUUACAGACUGGGGGACGAUAAACCCCGUCUCAUGAAAACUCGGGGUCAAUUAUUCGUAAGGGACGAAGAAAUUGUUAAGCACCUCCACAAGCAAUAUGUUGCAUAUCUUUUCACGGCUUACCAAAGGGAGACGGAAGACAAUUCAACAAUCAACCUACAAAAGCUAAACAAACUGAAAUUCAAAUUUUCCGCCAAGAAUGGCGAAGACGUGAAUAUUGUUCAAAUUAAUACUCGUCAAAGGUUUGUGCGCGUCUCCUCAACGGUAUUCACUACUACAGUUGAGGCAGUUCUUCCGCGUGGCAUGCCGGCCUUUCGCAUGGCAGACAUGACUCUCAAGGCCUCAGCAGCAGUCACUACCGCUGCCCCUGACACGCGCGAUCUCAUAAUGGGCUCUGCAAAUACAUUUGCUCUUACGGCUGUGAUGUGGCGCGAGACGGCGAGGACGCUCAACUGGGCCACACUACUCAUCACCUGCGGAGUGGCGCUCUUCUUUCUCACUAUCAUGCGUAUUUUUCUGAAGCCGACUGCAUCAGCAGAAAUUGCAGCCGUGUGGAUGUCGACUGCUAUGUUGUCUGCCGCUCAGAAACAUGAUGGUCCAGAAGAAGUUGACACGGUAGAACUGUCCAUGCACACGUCAUUCUCCGCGGAUUUCGGAGGGCUCUCUUCCAGUUUCGAAGAAGGUGUCUCCUCGAAUUUCGGAGAAGGCGCACAGUCGAGUUACGAGGAAGGUAUCUCCUCAGGUGUCGGAGAAGAAUUCAUCUCAGGCUCCGGUGGCGUUGCCUCACGUCGUUCUUGAACAGACUCGGAAGUCGUGUCGUGUACAACAACGAGUAACAUCGAAGAGAAAGUGACCAGCGGUGGUCAGCUGGCAUUGACGAUAGGGCAAGCUAUUCUAAUUUUUAGUUAAAAUGUUCAUAUUUUUAGGCAAAACUUGUACAGUGCCAAGCUAGCAGUUUCACAAUAGAGAAAAGUCGCAAAGACGCGGGCACAGGCGAACGAGCCAAUAAUAUGCCUAGAAAACGCCCCGCAUAC